UGGAUUAUCGUCUGCUGAUCUGGCCACUAUGUCCUAUCAGGCACGUAUAGCAACUGCGUUAAGCUUUUUCUCCGGUGGAGGAGGUGUACUAGGAGUUGGUCACAGCGGUACCCCUGAGAGCAUCUAUCAUAACCCGCGGCUGUUUCCGGGUAUGUUCCCGUGGCUGUUCCCUUAUGGGCUGGGCGGAUUCGACAACGAGUCACAACGGACCCGAAUCGACCACUGAUUACUUCUUUCCUUUCGUUGCAUUCAAUCAUGAUCAGAUCAGGUCAUCUUCCCGUGGCGGCUACUUGCUAACGGAACGCAAGAAUUUUUCGUCUGUCGCUGAGCUUAUCCUGUCGCUGAACCCCUCUACCCUGCAAUGCUUAAUUGAUCGCUCGACCAACAUCAGGCAUCUGUCCCCCCAGGAUGAUGACGAAAGACGAUGCUUCGAGUUGCUUAACGUGCUUGACUACGUCGCCGGACAUGUUGAUGGAUCGUCAGCUAAGAGGAAGCAGCUUCGGAGCGAGAUCAGGUCUCUUAUAAUUGCACGGAACGUUCCACUGUUUUUCAUCACCUUUUCACCAGUGGAUGUUAAUCAUCCUCUCUGUCUAUACUAUUGCGGAGAAAACAUCGAUGUCUUUAGCAAGGACAGUCGGUUUCCUGACUAUGCAUCCCGUCUUUGGAUGAUAGCUGACAAUCCUGUCGCUUGCGCUAGAUUUUUCCAUUUCAUGGUCAUGACCUUCAUAUCCAAGAUCUUGCGUGCGGAUUCUGAUUGCAACGGCUUGUUCGGACCAACGUCCGCAUAUUACGCUCACUCAUUGAGCCCUUCCGAGGUGCGCUCCCGAGUGCUGGAAGAUCCCACUUUUCGUGACGAGCUGCUUGCAUGGCUUGAGAGCUGUCAUCAGGGUGAUUUUUCUACAGGGACUUCAUCAGAUGUAGCCUCCCGUAUGCCUGCACGUGGCUAUGAUGCAGACUGUGAUGAAUCAGAACAUCGCAACGCAACCACCGUCCUCGGUCCUCGUCCAUCCGUGAGUUCCUCCGUCGAAGACGUUGAUGCUGCCUAUCAACAGCUGUUACUCGACUCUGAUGACGUCGUGUACCUUUCCAAUCGUCAUCAUUGUCAUUUGCAGACCAAACGCUUCAAAGGAUGCAAAGCUGAUGUUCAAAGUUCUUGUCGUGCCCGGUUUCCUCGAGAAACGAGGCCCGAAACAGUCGUAGAUGAGGAAACCGGUGCCAUCAGAUUUAAAAAGACCGAACCUUGGCUGAAUACGUUCAACCCAGUUCUGUCCUCUGCAUUGAGGUGUAACACUGACAUUACCUGUCUGUUGUCUGGCACACAAUGUCCGGUCGGUGCUCGACCGCAACACAGAGGCUAUCAGUAAUGCUGGCCCUCGAGAAGACGUUGCUCGAUCUCUUGUGACGAAAGUGGUCAACAACU